GUAAAUAAGAUACAGAAUAAGCAAUACCAAAUACUCUUCUUCUCUGCUUCUCCAAUCUUCAUCUUCUUCUCUAUGCUUCCUCUGAGUUCUCAGUCAGCUUCUUGCUGAUGUUCUUCAUUUAAUUCUUGUAAAACUACAUGGUCUCAGAGCCACUCAACUGGUGUUACUAGUUGAACAUUUCGAUCAAAUAUUCCGCUAAAAGAUUGAUACACAAUUCAGUUGAUUCUUGACAAUCUAGAAUGGUAAAUACUGCAAAUGGUGCAGGGUCCCAUGGAUUGGGUGCAGAGCCACAAAGUAGAACUGGUGGCUCACAGAGUCAUGGAAUUGAUCAUAAUCAUCCCCUUUUCCUUCAUUCUUCAGAUGUAAGUGGUGUGCAAAUUAUAUUUUUUCAACUUAUAGGUGCAGAGAAUUAUUCCUUGUGGUACAGAUAUGUGAAAGUAGCAUUGUUAGAAAGAAAUAUACUUGGUCUAGUCGAUGGAACAUGUACUAAUAUAAGUUUUCAGGAUUAGAGAACAAUUGGAAAAGAGUCAAUGCAGUGGUACUGUCAUGAAUCAUGAAUUUUGUAGACAAAAGUUUGCUUAGUGGCAUCAUGUAUGUUUCUUGUGCCCAACAUGUCUGGGAAGAUCUGGUUGAGAGAUACAACAAAAUAGAUGGGUCAAGGACCUUUAAUCUACAUAAGGAGAUCGCCAUACUAACUCAAGGAACCAAUUCUGUAUCUGUUUACUUCACAAGGUUGAAAGGGUUAUGGAAAGAAUUUGAGGCAAUGGUGCCUGCUCCUUCCUGUGAUUGUGACAAAUCCAAGGAAUAUAUGAUACAUUUGCGAAAGCUCAAGUUAUUUCAAUUUCUUAUGGGAUUGAAUAAUAUAUAUAUGCAAGAAAGAUCACAGAUCAUAUUAAUGAGCCCUCUCCCUUAUGUGAAUCAAGCAUAUUCUAUGAUUAUGUCUAGAAAUGAAACAGUUGCAUAUUCUAGAAAUGGAGGUUCUCAAAAGUUCAAGAAAAAUAGCCAUUUGUUUUGUGACUGCAAACUUAAGAAUCAUACUAGGGAGAAUUGCUACAAGUUAGUGGGCUAUCCACAAGAUUCUAAGUUCAAGAAAAGAGGACCUAAUACUGCAUACAAUGCAGUCACUGAACGAGCUAUAUCCCAAGAUUGUGGAAUUCCUAACUAUACUUCUCACUCCACUAACUUGGACAUUGGUCAGCUCUCAAGGCAUGAUUCAUCAUCUAGACAACAAGUUCAACUGGAAAACUACAGUAUCACAAAGGAUCAAUAUCGGCAACUAAUACAGUUUCUGAGUAAAGCACCAGAAUUAGUUCAUUCAGCCAAUGUUGUAAGUAAUAUGACAGGUAUAAAUAGUUGUUUAACUUCCAAUACCAAUGCAUCUAUCAAUCCUACAUGGAUAAUUGAUACAGGUGUUAUCAAUCACAUAGUAGCAGACUUAAAUUUUCUAGACAAAAUAACUGUCCACAGACCUAUUAAUCCAAAGAAAGUAAGUCUACCAAAUGGUGAUAUUUCAUUAGUUGAAUCUAUUGGUUCAAGUACUUUACCUAACAACAAUGUCAUCACUGGAGUGUUCUACUUACCACAUUUCAAGUUCAACUUAUUUUCAGUAUCAAAACUCACUAGGAAACUACAAUGUUCUGCUACCUUUUUCCCUAACUUUUGUGUUUUUCAGGAUCUCUCACAUAGGAAGGUGAAGAUGAUUGGUAAAGAAGAUGGUGAACUCUAUCUAUUGUCCAGCAAAUCAAGCUCAAAAGAUGUUAAUUUUUCAGCUAGUUGUUCUGUUUCUUUGAUUAAGAUAGCAUCCAACUUAGACAUAGCUUUGUGGCAUAAAAAGUUUGCUCAUGUAGCUAGUUCAGUAUUAAAGAAGUUACUGUCAUCAGACUCAACUAGUAUUACUGACACAAUGAAUAAAUGCACUAUUUGUCCUUGUGCUAAACAAACUAGAAUAUCUUUUCCUAUUAACACUUCAAAAAAUUCUACUUGUUUUGAUCUAUUGCACAUGAACUUAUGGGGACAAUAUAAAACCCCUACUCAUGAUGGUCAUAAAUAUUUUCUUACUAUAGUUGUGACCUGUCAAGAUAUACUUGGAUCUUUCUUUUAAAACUUAAGUCAGAUGCAUACAUUAUUAUUCAAUAGUUCUUAGUUCAUUUUAAAACUCAGUUUGAUAAAACUGUAAAAUGCAUUAGAACAUAUAAUGGUAUUCUUAAAUACUAUUCUCUCAACCUUGUUUAACUCUUUGGAUAUUAUACACCAAACUACAUGUGCCUAUACCCCUCAGCGAAAUGGCGUUGUUGAAAGAAAACACAGACACAUUCUUGAGCUCACAAGAGCUAUCAGAUUUCAAGCAUAUAUUCCACUCAAAUUUUGGGGUUUGUGUGCUCAGGCUGCUGUAUAUAUCAUAAAUAGACUACGAAGUUCUGUUAUUAACAAUAACACUCCUUAUACAAUGAUAUUUCAUAAACUUUCAUCUUUAUCACAUCUUAGAGUAUUAGGAUGCUUAUGUUUUGCCAAAGCAUUACAGGAAACUGAUAAACUUAAGAGUAUGUCAAGGAUAGCUAUUUAUAUGGGCUAUGCUUUUACUCAAAAAGGAUAUUUACUAUAUGAUCUAACUUCUCAUACUUUCUUUGUACACAGAGAUGUGUUGUUCAAAGAAGAUGUAUUCCCACUAAAUUCACAAGAUCAACACCAAAUACCAAUAUUUAGGUUCACUGGCCUAAAUGGUGAAGAAAUGACUCAUAGAUAACAUGUUGCUAGAAUAACUCUUGCUCAUGCUCAGGAACUAAGCUCUUCUACAGAUGUUCCAUAUGUACCUACACCAGCUAUGGUGCAGGAUGCACAUGUACCAGUUGUUCUACAAAAAGAGAGCAGAAGAUCCUCAAGAGGUAAAAGUCAUCCAUUAUGGAUGAAGGACUUUGUCUCCCUACAUGCUCAACAAACACCCUAUUCACUGGACAAGUAUAUCUUUCUUAUGACAAGGUAUUUAAGAGUCAGGGGGAUAAUAAGGUGUGUAGACUCACUAAAUUCUUGUAUGGACUAAAGCAAGCUCCAAGACAAUGGAAUGCAAAGCUAUCUCGGGCACUACUGAAGUUUGAAUUCAAGCAAAGUGGGCAUCAUCAUUCUCUGUUUAUAAAAAGGACUACUACAGCUAAACCAACUGGAACACCCAUUGAUACCAACACUAAGCUGACUGCAAAACAGUAUGAUGAUGAGGUUCACAAGUCAGCAGGUUCACAAAGGACUGGGGAUGAUCCCUUAACAAAUCAAGGAACUUAUCAAAGAAUUAUAGGCAAGCUACUUUAUCUAACCAUGACAAGACCUGACAUCUCAUUUGGAGUUCAAACACUAAGACAGUUCUUACAACAACCAAAGAGGUUUCAUAUGACAGCAGCAUUAAGAAUUAUAAGGCAUGUGAAGAAUCAGCCAGGUCAAGGUGUUCUAAUGUCCAAUAGUCCAGAAAAUACUAUCACUGUAUAUUGUGAUGCAGAUUAGGCCUCAUGUACUCAAACAAGAAGAUCAGUCACAGGAUAUUUUGUGCAGUAUGGAAGUUCACUAGUCACAUGAAAAUCUAAUAAGGAGUCAACUAUCUCAAGAAGUUCAGCUGAGGCUGAAUAUAGAAGCAUGGCAACCACAGUCACAUAAAUCAUAUGGCUUCAAGGGUUGAUGAAAAAACUCAACAUUGAAGUAUCUCUGCCCAUCAACAUAUAUACAGACAGCAAAGAUGCUAUACAACUGGUAGCCAAUCCGGUUUAUCAUAAGAAAACCAAAUAUAUUGAGAUUGAUUGCCAUUUUAUAAGGAAAAAAAUAUCUCACAAGGACUUGUCUCUACAAAGUACAUUCCUACACAGGAUCAACCUGCUGACCUUCUCACCAAAGGGCUCACUAAAUUGCAAUUACAAUAUCUCAGUUCCAACCUAGGUGUUCUUAAUAUCUUCUCACUUCCUAGCUUGAGGGGGGGUGUUGAGAAUGGCUAAGCAUAUUACCAAUACACAAGUUGGGAGAUUAGAGUAGUACUCGCUGUAGAUUCCAAUUUACAGUUAUUGGAAUUCACACUUACAGUAACUAGCCGUUAGGUAAUGUAGUUAGGUAGUUAGUAAGUAACUCACAAGUCAAAUUAGUUAAUCUACAACUAUAUAUAUAUGAUCUGUACAUUGUAAAUAAGAUACAAAAUACGCAAUACCAAAUACUCUUCUUCCCUGCUUCUUUACUUCUCCAAUCUUCAUCUUUUCUUUAUGCUUCCUCUUCCUCUGAGUUCUCAGUCAACUUCUUGUUGAUAUUCUUCAUUCAAUUCUUGUAAAACUACAAUACUACGUGAAUUUUAUUUUGCUCUAUAAUCACCACUAAUAUACAUAUUAUGGUACAUCAUAGCUAUAGAUUCUUUUUAAUAAAAAAUGAGUACAUCUCUAUAUAGUCAUUAGUUAAAGAUAUGUCUUUUCGUCACGAUAAUUUCAUGACAUGUCGAUCUUUUGUAUUGAAAAAUAAUGAUAAAGUAAUAAAAAUUAAAUCAAAUUUUGAAUUCGCGUUUAAUUUUAAUCUGACUUGUUAGUCAUUCCUAGGCCAACCACUUCAUUGGUUUUUUUUUUUUUUUUUCAUAAAAGAGUACAUUAAAUUUAAAAUGAUGGAAGAAAUAAAAAAUAAAAAAACUAUGGAACUUAAAUCCAUUUAUAUCCCUCUGUAUAUAAAUAUAACAUCUCAUUCUCCUCACUUCACAUAGAGAAAGUAAUACUACUGCAUUUUGUAAUAAUGGCUCUCACCGGAGUGACAUUCUUAUUCACUCUCAUGGUGGCCGCCGCCGUCGUCACUUUUCCGGCGAACGGCUGCUCUCCGGCAGACCAAGCAGCAUUAAUGGAUUUCAAAGCAGCUCUUAAAGAGCCAUAUUUAGGCAUUUUCAACACAUGGACAGGCAGUAACUGUUGCCAAGGUUGGUAUGGUGUUAGCUGUGACCCGACUACUCAACGGGUCGCCGACAUUGUUCUUCGGGGCGAAUCUGAAGAUCCGAUGUACGAGAAAGCCGGCCGGUCUGGUUACAUGUCCGGUUCACUAUCCCCUUCUCUAUGCAAACUCGACCGGCUCACUACUCUCAUCGUCGCUGACUGGAAGGACAUCUCCGGCGAAAUCCCGGAUUGUGUUACUACAUUACAGAAUUUACGCAUCCUUGAGCUCAUCGGCAACAAAAUCACCGGUCAAAUUCCGGCGAAUAUCGGGCAGUUAAGUAAACUCACCGUACUUAACCUAGCUGAUAAUCAAAUCUCCGGUUCAAUCCCCAGUUCAGUUGUCAACUUAGGUAAACUGAAACAUCUUGAGCUUAGCAACAAUCAUCUUUCCGGUUCAAUCCCGGCCGACAUAGGAAAACUCGGGAUGAUGAGCCGGGCUCUACUCAACAAAAACAAACUCACCGGUUCAAUCCCCAACUCAAUCACCCAAAUCCGCAGGUUAGCCGAUUUAGAUCUAUCAAUGAACCAAAUAACUGGCUCACUCCCGGUUCAGCUUGGUUCAAUGCCGGUUCUCUCAACACUUAACCUCGAUUCGAAUCAAAUCUCCGGUUCAAUUCCCACUAAUCUACUUAGCAGCUCCGGGUUAAACAUCUUAAACUUAAGUAGAAACUCAUUAGAAGGAGUAUUACCAGACGUUUUUGGUUCAAAAACUUAUUUUACACAUUUAGAUUUAUCAUAUAAUAACCUUAGAGGUUCUAUUCCAAAAUCAUUAUCAUCAGCUAAGUACAUUGGUCAUUUGGAUUUAAGCCAUAAUCAUCUUUGUGGCCCGAUUCCAAACGGGUCUCCAUUCGAUCAUCUAGAAGCUUCAUCUUUCUCUAACAAUGAUUGUUUGUGUGGAUCGCCAUUACGUACUUGUUAAUUUUUUAAAUUAAAGUCUGGGAGUUUGUAACUAAUCGAAAUUAUCGAUUGGGUUACGCAUAAUUGUAUGUGUAUUAUGUUGUAAUUGUAAUGGUAAAGAGAUGUUCCAUA